GUGUCAGUCGAUCGAGGUCCUGGCAAAGAUUGCACCAAAGGGCGACAUCCAGGCGCUCCUCAGUAUGGUCAACUGCCUGGACGACGUGGAUCCAGACGUCCGAGCAACAGCCUUGCGUUGCUUGCCCCGGCUUGCUGCGCCAGGCAGUGGAAGCAGAGUGGUCCUCGAUGUCAUGAUUGGGCGCCUCUCCAGCCCGGAAGGUCAUGUGAGGCACAGCGCCACAAGCCUCUUGCCCUGCCUUGCGCCACGAGGCGACACACCAUCACUGGAUGCAUUGAUGCCGCGCCUACACGACAUCCACAUCGACGUCCGCGUUUCGGCGGCCCACGCCAUUGCCGCGCUAAUGUCACCUGCGGACCGCCAGACUAUGAGAAGACUGGCUGAGAGCCUGGAGGAUGAUCACAAAGCAGUCCGCCGCGCGGUGCUGCAGGCCUUGCUUGCGACGGAUGCCGAACUGGACGAAAAAGCUGUGCAGACUCUGCAGGAGCGCCUGGAAGACGGGUGCUUCGAUGAUGCAUGGCGGCAUGCCCGUGACAGCAUCUUGCGCAACGAUGCACAGCUGGUAUCGCUGGAGUUCGAGCUGCCUGAGGUAGACGAAGUCUCGAGAAGACUUAGGCAAUCGAGCCUUGCUGGGACCCAGCUUGUGGCAUCAGAACAGAAGCAGGCCCAGAGCUGUCAUUCUUACCUCUUCUUUCUCGAUGGUUCAAGAGGUGCCUUGCAAAUCGAAGCCGGGACCGACUUUCACUUCACGCCGGUGCGGCGAGGUGCUGCUGACACGCUGACGUAUAGCCAGACGGUCGCCCCACGCGAAGUCACUUGCUUCGCCCCUCCAGCUCCUGGCACAGCCAAGGGAAUCAGAGAUGAGAAGGUGACACCUGCCGAGUGGUACAGGUCCGAUCCGCAGCCCUCACAGGCUGAGGAGUUGCCUGACUAUCAGAAACGUCCGCUUGAGCGUGACGCGGGAAAUUUUGUCCCUGAGCCGUCUGAUGGCUGGACAUCGCCAAGCCCUGCCAUAGAAGCGGAGGACCAGAUGGUGGGCAUGAUAGCCAGCAUGGAGCCCACCAGGUCCGAAAUCAUUCGGGGCGUCCCUGUGCACUGCGCACUGCAGGGUUGUGGGCAGGCGCUACGUGGGAGGCUGGGUCGGCGAAGAUUAUACCAACUCAGCCGCCCAACAAGACGCAUCGACGAGUUUUGGUCCCACAGCUGGCAUGCAUCUGGCUGGAUGAAGUAUGUCACCGCAUGUUAUUUGAACACUGCCGCCAUCGCGGCUGCCUUCGGCAUGGCGGGAGCCCUCCUGGGCUUCGUCCUGUUUGCCGCAGGGGCCUUGCCUGCGACCGUUGAAAAUAACUUCUGCACCACGCAAUGGGCUGUCUUCAUUGGUGUGACCUUCUAUUGUUUGUCCUUGAUGUGCUGGCGAGUGCGGAGGCUUGUGUUCCUAGACUUGCUUUGCAUAGACCAGGAUGACGAAACUUUGAAGGGCGAGGCCAUGAUCAGCAUGGGCGCAAUCUUGAAGAGCUCAGCAUCAAUGCUCGUUUUGUGGGACCCGAGUUGGGUACAGAGAUUCUGGUGUGUGUUCGAGCUGGCCUCGUUUCUUCGCAGCCGAAAGCACAGCGCAACAGCAAGCCAGCAUCUGAGCAUUCGACCGAACCUCAUGGGACCGGUAUUCUUCGCGGGACAGGCUGGCCUGGUUGUUUUACUUCUUGCAUGGCCACUCUUGAUUGAUGCACUCGGAAGCAGCCUCGAAGCAAUGACAUUGACACUAUCGACAGGCCUCGUGCCGUGUUUCCUUUGUCUUGUCCAUAUUGCCCGAAAUUUUUGUUGCAACCUAGACACGCUACAGCAGCAACUUGCCAAGUUCCGAGUCACGGAUGCGAUGUGCUGGUGCUGCACCGUGGACCACGUGGACGACGAAACUGGCGAGCCUUUGUUUUGCGAUCGUGAGAUCAUGCUGAAAUGUAUCGGAAUCUGGUUUGGAAGCAGUACUGACUUCGAACACUUGGUUCAGGGGCAUGUUCGGACUACACUGCUUCAACGGCUCACGAGUCCAGUGUACCUAUACCAGCAAAUCGUCCUCGCCUGCAGUCCGGUGAUGUGGCUGUUUUGCGAUCGGCUGGCUACCCUCGUCGCCCACGAUGAGGCGCUCUUUGGCGUGCCGGUUCUCCUCGGUGGACUGGCAUGGUGGCUGCUGGUGAUACCCAGCCUCGUCUUGAUGGGUCUUGGCGUUGCCUACAAAUUCCGCGCGAAGCAAGCUUGUUGGGUGCUGGAUUUGCUCUUCAGCCUUGCCGUGUUAGUGGUCCCAUCCGCCAUUCUUGCUGCAUUCGUGUUGCUGUACAUCUUCACCAUUGAGACGGUUUUUCAUUCGUCCGAGUGGUCCAUAGCUGCGCAAAUCAUGGUCCCUGGUAGCUUCAUCAUUGCAUCGGCACUUUUGGCCACAUUCACACAUAAGGUGUUUUGGGUGGCCAAACAUCGUGCCAUUUGCGAAUAG